AAUCUCUCUCCUUCUCCCUCCCGCCGGCAAUUUUGUCUCUUUAUCCUUCACCACUCUACCGGAAUCUCUCUCUGCACAAUGCCUUUGCAUCGUAUAUAUACUAGUCCACUUUAUGCUCUUCCCAUAGAGCAAUACUUGAUCAUCGACGACGAUCAUGACGUUAUACUUUGUAUUAGUCAUCAUCUUUUGUUUGUUUUCUCUUCUGGUUCAAAUUCAAUCGUCUACAAUCGGAGUUAGCUACAUCUCUCGUCUCCUACACACUCAGGACCGAGAGAGAACUUCGCCUUCCGUUCAGGUAGCCGCUGUUCGUAGCCUUGUCAAUCGCCUUAUCCCCUCCCAUUCAUCCACCUUCGAUUUUCAAAUAAUCUCUAAGGAGCAAUGCGGGGGAGAAUCUUGUUUUAUACUCACUAAUCAUCCUUCCUUCAAUGGUUAUGGCACUCCAGAGAUUUUAAUCAGUGGCUUCACUGGGGUUGAGCUAGGGGCUGGUCUACAUUGGUACUUGAAGAAUUGGUGUGGGUUGCAUAUAUCAUGGGAUAAAACUGGGGGAGUUCAACUAUCUACUGUACCUAAAUCAGGCUCUCUUCCACGUCUUGAUCAUAAUGGAAUCUUAGUCCAGAGACCUGUACCGUGGAACUAUUACCAGAAUGCUGUUACAUCUAGCUAUACUUUUGUUUGGUGGGAUUGGGAAAGAUGGCAAAAGGAGAUUGAUUGGAUGGUUCUCCAGGGUGUCAAUUUGCCACUUGCUUUCACGGGUCAAGAGGCAAUUUGGCAAAAAGUAUUCCGGUCUUUUAAUAUUAGCAAUUCAGAUCUCAAUGAUUUCUUCGGAGGCCCUGCUUUUCUUGCAUGGUCUAGGAUGGGAAAUCUGCAUGGAUGGGGAGGGCCUCUUGCUCAAAGCUGGUUAGACCAACAACUAAUUCUGCAGAAGAAAAUUCUUACCAGAAUGCAUGAAUUUGGGAUGACUCCAGUGCUUCCAGCUUUUUCUGGAAAUGUCCCUGCCGCAUUGAAGAUCAGGUUCCCAUCUGCAAAGAUUACACAUCUCGGAAAUUGGUUUACUGUUCGGAGUGAUCCUAGAUGGUGUUGCACUUAUCUUCUUGAUGCGACGGAUCCACUGUUUACUGAAAUUGGCGAAGCAUUUGUUAAGCAACAACGAAAAGAAUAUGGGAUGACUAGCCACAUUUAUAAUUGUGACACUUUUGAUGAGAACACACCGCCAAUUGAUGAUCCCGACUACAUAUCUUCAUUGGGAGCUGCAAUUUUUAAAGGAAUGCAAAAUGGGGAUAAGGAUGCAGUCUGGUUAAUGCAGGGAUGGCUUUUCUCCUAUGAUCCUUUCUGGAGACCACCACAAAUGAAGGCACUUCUCCAUUCUGUUCCCUUGGGAAGGAUGGUUGUCCUUGACCUCUUUGCUGAAGUGAAACCCAUAUGGAUUACUUCAGAGCAGUUCUACGGAAUUCCUUACAUCUGGUGUAUGCUACACAAUUUUGCUGGAAACAGCGAGAUGUAUGGGGUCUUAGAUGCUGUAGGGUCUGGACCUGUCGAAGCUCGUACAAGUGAAAACUCAACAAUGGUUGGUGUCGGAAUGUCAAUGGAGGGCAUUGAACAAAAUCCCAUAGUUUAUGAUCUUAUGGCUGAAAUGGCUUUUCGACAUGACAAAGUUGACGUGAAGACAUGGAUUGAUAAAUACUCCAUUAGAAGGUAUGGGAAGUUGGUUUCAUCAAUGCAAGAUGCAUGGAAUAUACUAUAUCACUCGAUAUACAACUGCACAGAUGGUUCCCCCAACAAGAACAGAGAUACGAUCGUGGCAUUCCCAGAUGUUGAUCCCCAUUUGAUCGUUGUGACAAAAGCACACUCAGGAGGAAUAAAGCAAGCCAACACGAAAUGGGCUUCCCUCGAAGAAGAAACCGACGACUCCUAUGAUAAACCUCACCUGUGGUACGAAACUUCAGAGGUUAUAAAGGCUUUGCAACUAUUCCUUACAAGUGGAGAUGAACUCUCUGGUAGUAAUACAUACAGAUAUGACCUUAUUGAUCUGACAAGACAAGUAUUAUCAAAACAUGCAAACCAACUGUUCUUAAAGAUUAUAAAAGCUUAUCAGUCAAAUGAUAAGGGUGGGGUGGAUAAGCUGAGUAGAUCAUUCCUAGAGCUCAUAGAAGAUACAGAUGCACUCUUAGCAUGCCAUGAGGGCUUCCUUCUAGGACCUUGGCUCGAGAGUGCAAAGAAACUGGGGUUAAACGAUGAACAGAGACGACAGUAUGAAUGGAAUGCUAGGACUCAAAUAACAAUGUGGUUCGACAACACAGAUGAGAAAGCGAGCCUACUUCGCGAUUAUGCGAACAAGUAUUGGAGUGGGCUUUUAAGAGGUUAUUAUGGUCCAAGAGCAACCAUCUAUUUCAAACAUCUAAUCCAGAGUUUAGAGAAAGGAGAAAAAUUUCCAUUGAAAGCAUGGAGGAUGGAAUGGAUUGCACUGACCAAUAACUGGCAAUUAGGACAGGAUCUGUUUCCUACUAGACCCAUUGCAGCAGAUCAUGCCCUCAACAUUUCCAGGUGGAUUUAUGACAAAUAUUUUCAACCUUAUUCUGAUCAUGCAUAUAUAUGAUUUGCAAAAACAAACUCGACCAAGGUGGACCGGUGAAAAGAGUCAACCUAUGAGACCAUAAAAGUCACGGAUUUGAAAUAUCUGUAUCUCCCAUUAUUGAUCUUCUUCUAGCAGCUUGGGUUAAUGUAAUAAUAAAAGAUUACUGUA